CUGACAAAGAGGCACCAAUAAAUGGAAGAUUUGAAAAUAGAAAAUGUCAACCUGGAAAAAUCUGAAAACCUGGAGAGACACAGGACAGAUGGCUUCAGCAGCUCCAAAGCCCUGGUGGUACGAAGAGGAGCCCCAUUCAAAAUCAGUUUGCAACUGGAGGGCCGAGCCUUCAGCCCCAAGACGGACUGUCUGAGGAUCAAAGUGAUGAUAGGCCGCCUGUAUGUGGUCCUGCCGGUCACUUUCUCCAAGAAGGUUUCUUCCUCCUACUGGAGAGCCUAUGUUGACCCAAAUGGCCUGAACCCCAACAACCCCUCCAUAUACAUCACCUCUCCUGUCACAGCCUCAGUGGGCUGCUACAGAUUUCAGGUGUGCGUGUUCAGUCAGCACAACAAGAAGACCUGUGCGUUCGGCAGAUUCAUCCUGCUCUGCAACCCCUGGUGUCGUGAGGAUGCUGUGUACAUUCCCUUUGAGGACCAGAGAGAAGAGUACAUCCUGAACGACUCCGGGCUGCUGUAUAUAGGGACGGCGAUGAACGUUGUGUCAAGACCAUGGUCCUUUGAUCAGUUUGAGCCCGGUGUUCUGGAGAAGUGCCUGAAUCUGCUGCAAGUCAGCCCGCAGCACAAAAAGAACAAACGACGGGACUACCUGAACCGAAAAAACCCCGUCUACAUCAGCCGGGUCGUGUCUGCCAUGAUCAACAGCGAGGACGACAGCGGCGUGCUGAAGGGGAAAUGGACAGGUGACUACAAACAAGGUGUUAAUCCCUCCCUGUGGACUGGGAGUGGGGAGAUCUUGACGCAGUGGGCUGAGUCUGGGUACAGUCCGGUCAAGUAUGGACAGUGUUGGGUGUUUGCAGCAGUCAUGUGCACAGUCAUGAGAGUUCUUGGCAUUCCUUGUCGUGUCGUUACAAACUUCAACUCCGCUCACGACACCAAUAGCAACCUGAGGAUCGAGGAGUUCUACAGUGAGACGGGGCAGAAGCUGAACAUCAGCAAAGACAGCAUAUGGAACUUCCACGUGUGGGUGGAGUGCUGGAUGACUCGCCGAGAUCUGGGACGUGGAAUGGAUGGCUGGCAGGUCCUGGACCCGACCCCCCAGGAGAGGAGCGGAGGAGUGUUCUGCUGCGGCCCAGCCCCGGUCAAAGCAAUCAAGGAUCGCCGUAUCGACCUGGUUUUUGACAUUCCCUUUGUCUACGCCGAGGUGAAUGCCGACAUCCACUAUUUUAUAAUGAGCAAGGGUCGUAUGGUCAGCCACAGCAAGGACACUGAGAAAGUGGGAUCCUUAAUCUGCACCAAAGCUGUUGGCUUCCCCAGAUACCAGAACAUCACAGGAGACUACAAACACAUCAGAGGCGCAACUUCAACACUUUCAUCAAGAAGCUCCACAGUGUCAGACGACUCAACGUUAGCAAGAGGCUCAUCCAAGGGGGUGUCGGUCUCUCUGACCCUGGAUAAAGCUCCUGUUGCCGGGGUGCCCAUCUGCUUCACGGUGAAAGUCUUCAACAAGCAGAAGAUUGCCAAAAUCAUGAAGGUGCAUCUCAACGCCCAGGCUAAAGAAUACAACAACAGCCCCUCAGACACCUUCUGGGAAUCCCAUGGUGUCAUACAGCUGGCACCCAUGGAGGGCAAAGUUCUUAACGAGCAAAUCCUCCCAGCCAAGUAUGAGGAUGUGGUGGGAGACGACCUGAUCAAUCUGGCAGUGGUCCUGGAGGAUAUGGGCAGUCAUGAGCGGGUCCUGGACUCAGAGGAGUUCAAUAUCGCCAGCCCAGAGCUCAACAUACAGAUUGCAGAUGAAGACUCAAUUGUGCCCAACAAAGAGCAGACCGCCACAGUGACCUUCACCAACCCAUUUUCUCACCCUGUGAGCGGAGUACUGACUGUAGCCGGGGCCGGGCUGAUCCAGAGAAAGGCUCACUACAGGAUGCUGUCACUGCGUCCAGGAGGAAAAGCAGAGCAACGCAUCACCUUCACCCCCAGCAAGGUGGGAACAAAGAUGCUGCAGGCCAGCCUGGCGCUCUCCAACAUGAACUCCACCAUCAGAGGCUUCAAGAUGGUCUCCGUCAACAAAGCUUAGGGCCCUUUUUGGGGGUUUUAUUUCGCUCAGGUGUCACGUCUAGGCACAAUACUGCUCAGCAUUGUUUCACUUCUUUAUUUAUGUUGUAAAAACUAAAACCUCACCCAACUGAAGCCAGAAGGUGGCAACCAGGUGGCAGCAUUCAUCGCAGGGGAAACACUUUGAUAACUGUUUUUAUAUUGCUUUGUAUGGUAUAAAUGUGAAUGUAAAUGAUAUUUAUUUAUUUAUU